AUGACAAGCAGCUUUAUUUAUAAGGAAAGAAUGAUAGCUCUUUACCACACCAACCCUAUGGUUCCGAAUAGGUGCAGCUUGAUGCUGACUCGGUCGAUUGAUGCCCGACUGCCUGUGGUCUGGUCUCUGAUGCGAGAUUUCCCCAAACCUACAAGCGUUUCCUGUGGAGAUGCUACCUAUCGCAUGGCUCAGGUGGGCCCGAGCACCGAGUUGCUGGAGAGGCUCGACGAUGAUCAGCCCGUGAUUGUUGUGCCCCGCUCCUCGAAAUCAACAACCAUGAUUUCUAAAGCGAGAGAGCCACCAUUGACUCUGCACGCCACAGUUUCUCUGAAAAGAAUCCCGCCUACGGGACCCUCGCUCGCUGGGAGUCCAGCGGCGGAUCCUCGUACAAGAAGUCCACGCUAUCGUCUAAGUCGUACAGCUCGUUUCAGCGUUGUCAGCGUCGGGGAUUUGGUCGGAAACAGCGGGGGUGCUCGGGGCUUCGUUUGCUUUGGUGGGCCGCUUGGGUUCUUCUUGGAUGAAGAAGACGGAGGUGUCAACGCGGUGGGGUGGGAUUUCUUGCUACCGCGGCGGCGGGGGCUGAGGGAGUCUCGCCGGAUGAGAAUUUGGGGGUUCGUAAUUUGUGGGGGAAUUAGGGUUUCGGGGAGAAGAAUUUGA